GGCACGUAUGGUUUUUCGAGAAUCAAAAAACCGCAUUAUUUCACAAGAAGUGCUCGAGUAUGUACGACGCAAGUGUUUGCAGUUUAAGGACAAAACCUUAUCAUAGAAGCUUUUUCUAGUAAAUGUAUGGAAAUAUACUGUAUAAGAUUAUGCGAUCAAGUUGAAAGUUUAAUGUGAGAGUUUGGAGUGUUUGUGUUAUUAUGGUUAUGGUUUCAAUGGAAAAGAUGAGUACGCCGAUAAUUAUCACCGUGCCUAAUAAUUACCUGGCGGUGGACGAGGACUCGCAGGUCGUUGUCGACGUGGCUCCGGCUCCACCGUCCAGGAAGCGAAGGUUGGAUCAUCUAACAUGGGAGGAGAAGAUGCAAAGAAACAUCCAUCUUUGCUGCAGGAAGCUGAAGAACCGUGUGGCGGCGCAAACCUCACGGGACAGGAAGAAGGCCAAGAUGGAUGAAAUGGAGAGCCGAAUCCAGCACUUCAUGGAGACCAACGAGCGGCUGAUAGCAGAAGUGGAGAACUUGAAGGCGAUGAACGAAAGGUUGCUCAGCGAGAACGCAGCGCUGCGCAGCGAGGCCGCGGCGCGGACCGUCGCGGAGGCCCCGAGACCGGCAGAAGGAGGGGCCUCCGACGGCGAUCCGCGCGGCGCGCCUGCUGCUGACGAUGUGUCUCCUCUCGCAGACCUCCUCGCAAGCCUCGACUCCGACGACUACCUCGACCAGCUGCAUCAGCUCGCCGACUCCCUCCUCAAGGAGAUUAGUGCAGCUGCUCCGGGAGAGACUGCAGAUGUCAAAGUCGGGAUCGCUGGAGAGUGCCCUCAAGGAGCUGAAGUGGUGGGGACCGCAACAAAGCAACUGGAACCCGGUCAAAGUGGAGUCAUAGACAACAAACAUGACAUCAAGAGGAUACUAGCGCAGCACUCUUACGCACAUCCCUACCCUAUAGAUACAGUACAAAUAAAAGAAGAAAAUGGCGAUAAGGGUGACAUGUUCUAUGCGAGCUGCGAAGAAAACGACUGUGUCACUAUCGAAGUACCGUGUGAAGACCAAGUAGUUGAAGAAACACCUUUACCUUCAAUCAAAAUUGAUUCUUCAUUACCUUCAUUAAACAUUGACACACAUUUCGAUACAGAGUUCAAUGAACUGACCAACAAUUGUUCUGAAGUCACUCUCGAAUGUGACAUGAAGUUGUUGUCCCCUAUGACUCUAUCACCCAAGUCUAUGGAGGAAAAUCUCUUAGGGCUGUCACCGUCCCAUACAAACUUCAGUUCGGAUCUAGGAUAUGAAUCAUUAUCGUCACCGCUCAGUGAACCAGAAUCUAUGGACUUGUCAGAUUUUUGGUGCGAAUCGUUCUCAGAAUUGUUCCCAGGCCUUGCCUAAAGAAAAAUCUAGAACAUAUCUGAUGUUCUAGAAUUUUUUUCUCACCAAAGACUGACUAGUUCGUAAGAUUAUGUUCGUCACAAGAGUUGGAAAAGUGGGUAGUUAAUAGUUAUCCUGCAGAUGGGGUGUGGGAAGCGAAUUGAUUUUGCUUGCGUCGCCUCUCGCACCAUACCUCAGAUAACGAUAUCUUUCGUAACGAAAACUAUACCUACAAAUAGUAAUUUAUAUUUUAAGUUAAUACAAUUAAAUGACAAAUUAGGUAAUAUAUUUAAAAGUUCAUUAUAUUAGGUGUUUAAGUUAAUGUUACGUUAUUUGUACGAUGUAGUUAAGUGUAGGGAUGUAUAUUUUAAGUGCUGUAAAUAAAAAGGUUUUUUUUUUGG